UAGGACUAUUAGAUUGUACCAACUAACCAAACCAUACCAAUUAACUGGCCCCUAGUUCAUCCUUGUGCUUUUAUAUCCAAAUUCCAAGGUCAUGUGUUGAAAGUUUGGAAUUUUUAUCAUCUUGUUUAGAGAAUAUCAUUUGUCAUCUUAUUUAGAGAAUAUCUAGAACCACAACCUUUUGUGCCAAGAAUUCUGAUCGAUAAAUUCUUAACAUUUAGAACAACAAAACUGCUGUGCUUCUAGUGAGUACCUUUAGUUGAUAUAGUGAUUCAGCUAUUGCCUAUUCAUAGCAAAAUUGAUUCUGAAAAAAGGGUUUUGUUAACAAGAGUUUCUUGUUAAGGAGGUUUAAAACGAGUCUCACCUGCGUUAGGAAGUUUAAAAAAAAAACUACUAAACAAAUAUCCUUAAAACUAAAAGUGAAUCAAUUUACUAUAAAAAGCCAAUCAAGCUGCAUUAUAAAAUUCAAUCUUAACAAAUACCUUACAAACUCACAUAGAGCAAGUGACACAGCUAUUGCCCAUUCAUAUACCAAAUUUGAUUCUUAAAAAAUAGCCAAAUAGUUGUGACAAACUGGCACAAAAAUCUUCAGUACACAACUACAUACUGUUAGGGAGAGAUGAUUUUGGUUGCUUUUGUGAGGCCUUAAACUCAUUUGUGCUACUUUCCUAACCUCCAUAUCAUGCAUACAAAAAGCUGUAUCAUUAUCACCCUAUGUUUGAAUCAUCAAAAGAGAGAAAAUUAAAAAUUUAGAAAGAAAAAAAAGAACCACAUAGAUAGAAGUUUCUUUUUGUGUUAUUGAUAAUGUCACGGUUAGAUGAAGAAGUAAAGCAAGAUGAAAUGCUUGGAAACAUGAUUGUGUUGGGUGUUUCUCUCAUAGUAAUUGCAGGAGUUGUGAUUGGAGUUAUUGCUGGGGUAGAUAACCCCAAAGAAGCCACCUCGUUAUCAAACAAAAAUAUUACCCUUGCUGCUCUGUGCAAUGAAACUGAUUACAAGGAAUCUUGUAUAUCUAGCCUAGAAUCCGUAGGUAACCAAACUGAAGUAAUAAUCUAUUUCAAAGGUGCUGUCAAUGCUACCAUUUAUGAAAUGGAAGAUGUGGUAAAAAUUGCCAAACAAGUUGACGUUGCGCGCAAAGAAGAAAAGAUGGCACUUGCAGAUUGUAUUGAGCUAGUGGAGUUGUGUCUUGAUGAACUCCAAUUUGUAGUGACAAUGGUAAAUGCUACACCAAGUUUGUUCUUUAAUGAUUCAUCUGAUGCUAGGAUGAGCUUGAGUGCUGUACUCUCAUACCAAAGGGCAUGUAUUGAAGGAAUACAAGAGGCUUCUUCCACAUUUGAUAUGGAAAGAGCUUUGCAAAAGUCCACUGAGCUUACAAGCAAUUCUUUGGCUAUAGUUUAUGCGUUUUCUGUCAAUGAUGACAAAGGAGCAGAAUCUUCAGGCAUGAGUCGAAAGCUUACCUCAAAUCAUUCUUUUGAUAUUAAGAUUGCUCAGGCGCCUGAUGCAGUUGUGGCUAAAGAUGGAAGUGGGAAAUAUAAAAGCAUCAAUGAUGCUAUCAAUGCAUACCCCAAUGGGCACAAUGGAAGAUAUCUUAUCUAUGUAAAAUCUGGAACAUACAGAGAGAAUGUUAUUAUCCCCAAGAAUAAGACCCAGAUAUUCAUGUAUGGUGACGGGAUGAAUAAUACUAUUAUCACCGGAGUUUCUAUGAAUGGAACUACCUAUCGAAAUGCGGCUUUAUCGGCUAUUGGCAAUGGAUUUAUAUGCAAGGAUAUUGGCAUAAUUGUAGAUACAAGUAGACGAAGUCUCUUAGCGGCUGUUAAAGUCCAGUCUGAUAAUGCAGCCUUCUUCAACUGCAGAAUAAAUGCUACCAACUUAAGUAUAUAUGCAUUAGCCCACCGGCAGUUCUUCCGAGAUUGUGAAAUCUAUGGUGACACAAACAUCAUCAGGGGUGAUUCUGCAGUAGUAUUUCAAAGCUGCAAAAUCGUUGUCACAAAGCCUUUUGGAUCAAAGGUUACUAUAAUAGCAGCACAAGCUAGGAGUGAUAGGCGUGAAAGCACAGGUUUUGUACUCCAUAACUGCAAUAUUGGCGGAGACAAAUCUCUCUUCCCUAAAGGGCUAAACAAUGUCACUUACUUGGGCAUGCCAAUGCAGAAAUAUUCAAGAAUAAUUGUAAUGGAAUCAAUUCUCGGAGAUUUAAUUACUCCAGAGGGAUGGUUUAACAAUAAUGAAACCUAUGGAAUUGAAACUGUGACCUUUGUUGAGUAUGGUAACAAGGGGAUUGGAGCUCAAACCAAUAAGAGAGUCAAAUGGCCAGGUUACAAUGUCAUCUACAACAAAAAUGAUGUACUACGUUACACGGUUGGUCGAUUCAUUCAAGCACAAAAAUGGUUGCCAGCAACUGGAGUCACCUUUCAGGCUGGGCUUUUUUCUUGAAGAUAGAAAGAAACAUUUAGGUGUAGGGGAUACUCAACAACGAGAACAUGUAAUUCCUUUAUCUUCUGCCAAAAAAAAAAGAGUGAUUAAAAGAUGGAGAGAGCUGUCAAUGUUAUUUUGUUCAGGUCUAGAUAGUCACUUAACUUUGGGCAGCCAACCUGAAAGCUAUUUGCAAUCCAAAAGUGAAGGCAAUUUGUAAUUAAAACAUAGGAUUAGAAGAAAGUUUCCUUAAUGACAAAUAUUGGUAGAUAGAUUUUGUUUUCCAAUGAUUGCUGCAGGAAAGAUGGGACAAGAAAUUUUAAUUCAA